AUGAUAAACUGUGGAAGAAAUUAUCUCACUAAACAAUUACAAUUAGAUCCAGAAGAAUUUUUUGUCCAUCAUUUACAUAUGCAUAUCAUUGGACCUAAACAAUCUGUGCGGCUUAAUCCAAUGUUUGAUUCACGAUUUCGUAUUUUCAGACAAACUGAGAAAGUUUUGGAUGAUUUGAAAAAACAGAAGCAUAAACGAACAAAAUGA